AUGAUUCAUUCAUUUAUUGGACAUCGCUAUCGUAUACUAUGGCUUCGCUGAAGAAUGCGUGGCUCGUCUAGUUUAUUUAUUUCUACCACGUCAGCGGGUAUUAUGCUUAUAAACCUACAUCGACUUUUGCACCGUUCUUUCGGUGCCAGACGGCCGUUUCUAGCGAGUUUAUACCACACUCAGCGGGGAGUCUAUGGUUUCAGACCAAUAGAGAUUCCGGAGAAAGAUGCUGAUCUUCCGCAGAUCUCCGCGCUUAACCAAGAUCAUGGACUGGUAAGACUGGUGGAGGCCUAUCGUGCACAUGGACACAAAGUAGCUCAAAUUAACCCCUUACUUCCCCAAACUCCUGUGCUGGACAGUGUGCCUGAGAUCAGUCUGCUGAAUGGAGUCGUUCAUGGAGUCCUCAACACCACCGGAUUGCGGCAUUUUGGGAAAGCUGAGGCGACUUCUGAAGAGGUGCUGGCCUAUCUGGAGAGAACGUACUGUGGGAGAAUCUCAGUGGAAACCACUCAGCCCCAGAGCUUGCAGGAAAGAGAAUGGUUUGCAGACCGAUUUGAAGAGCUCAAGAAAGAGGCGUUUUCACCAGAGGAGAGGAGACAGCUGGCUAAACUGAUGCUUGAAUCACAGGAAUUUGACCACUUUUUAGCCACCAAGUUUGCCACUGUUAAACGAUAUGGAGGUGAGGGAGCAGAGAGCAUGAUGGGAUUUUUCUACAAGCUGUUCCGCUCUGCGGUGUACAGUGGAGUGACAGACGUGGUCAUGGGAAUGCCUCACCGUGGACGUCUCAACCUCCUCACCGGACUACUGCAGUUCCCUCCAGAGCUCAUGUUCCGUAAGAUGAGGGGUCUCAGCGAGUUUCCAGAGAACUCUCCCUCUAUUGGAGACGUGCUGUCCCAUUUAACCUCCACGGUGGAGCUGGACUUUGGGGCGGGACACCCUCUUCAUGUCACUAUGCUGCCGAACCCCUCCCACCUGGAGGCCAUCAACCCUGUGACGCAAGGAAAGACCCGUGGCCGUCAGCAAGUCAAACAGGACGGCGAUUACUCCGCUGACCCUCACGCACAACCAGGAGACAAAGUCAUCUGCCUGCAGGUUCAUGGCAAUGCUUCGUUUUCAGGCCAAGGCAUAGUAACGGAGACCUUCACGCUGUCAAAUGUCCCCCAUUUUAGAGUAGGUGGAAGCAUCCACCUCAUUGUGAACAAUCAAGUGGGCUACACCACUCCCUCAGAGAGGGGCCGAUCAUCUCUGUACUGUAGUGAUGUUGGUAAAAUGGUGGGAUGUGCAAUAAUCCAUGUGAAUGGCGAUGAUGCUGAGGAGGUCCUUAAGGCGACCCGGCUGGCCGUGGAGUACCAGAGACGCUUCAGAAAAGAUGUUAUUGUAGACCUGCUUUGUUCCCGCCAGUGGGGCCACAAUGAGCUGGACGAGCCCUUUUUCACAAACCCCGCAAUGUAUAAAAUUAUCCGGUCGAGACAAAGUAUCCCAGAUUCAUAUGCCGACCAACUGAUCGCUGAGGGUCUGAUGACAGAGGAAGAGCGCGGACAGAUCAAGACCACCCACUACGCCAUGCUCAACGACCGGCUGAACAACAUGACACUCUACAGCCCUCCGCCCACAAACCUCCAGGGGCGCUGGGGGGGCCUGGUGGAGGCCCAGGACAGAGUCUCAUUCUGGGACACGGGCGUAGCUUUGCCCCUGCUGCAGUUCAUAGGUGCCAGAUCAGUAGACUUACCUGAGGAGAUUCAAAUACACAGUCACCUGAGAAAGACACACAUGCAGGCACGCCUGCAGAAACUGGAAGAGGACACAAAAUUAGACUGGUCCACAGCGGAGGCCCUGGCGUUUGGCACAUUGCUGUGUCAGGGAUUUAAUAUCCGUAUCAGCGGUCAGGAUGUUGGCAGGGGUACAUUCAGUCAGCGUCACAUUAUGGUUGUGUGUCAAGAAACCAACGACAUGUACGUCCCCCUCAAUCACAUCAGCCCUGAACAGAAAGGCCACUUGGAGGUGUGCAACAGUGCUCUUUCAGAGGAAGCUGUUCUGGGGUUUGAGUAUGGAAUGAGUAUUGCUCAGCCUAGACUGCUGCCCAUCUGGGAGGCUCAGUUUGGAGAUUUCUUCAACGGCGCCCAAAUAAUAUUUGACACUUUCCUCUCUGGAGGUGAGGCGAAAUGGCUCCUGCAGAGUGGAUUGGUCAUCUUACUGCCCCACGGAUACGAUGGAGCCGGACCAGAGCAUUCAUCCUGCCGAAUCGAGCGUUUCUUACAGGCGACAUCACUGAUAAUCUUCAUAACUGCACUCUCUUCCUCUCACAGCUCUGUGGACGGUGACACAGUGAACAUGGGAGUGGUCAAUCCUACUCUACCAGCUCAGUACUACCACCUUUUACGGAGACAAAUGAUUAGAAACUUCAGGAAGCCAUUAAUCGUGGCCUCUCCUAAGACUCUUCUGCGCUUUUCUGGGGCAGUGUCAAGCUUGGCUGAUAUGGGACCAGGAACUUUCUUUAAGCCUGUCAUUGGUGAUACAUCUGUAAACCCUGCAAGUGUGCAGCGGAUUCUGUUUUGUUCAGGUAAACAUUACUACGCCCUGCGGAAACACAGAGAGACGUUACCAGAGACAGAAAAAAACACAGCGCUGAUCAGGGUGGUGGAACUGUGUCCCUUCCCCACAGAAGCCCUACAACAGGAGCUAAAUAAAUACACAAAUGCCAAAGAUUUGAUCUGGAGUCAAGAGGAGCCACAGAACAUGGGCUGCUGGUCAUUUGUAUCACCGAGAUUCGAAAAACAGUUAGCCUGCAAGUUGAGAUUAGUCAGCAGACCAGCAUUACCGGCUCCUGCCGUGGGCAUCGGUACCCUCCACCAUCAGCAGCAUGAAGCCAUCCUGACCGCGUCUUUCUCCUGAGACCACACAACCAUAAACUUCAAGAAAUGAUCAUC